GGCUCCAUUGGACAACGGGUGAUACUCAGUCUAGUACUUUUGUGUGGGCUUGUUGCAAAACCCAAGCCAUUUCAGGUGCGUAACAUAGAACCACCUUGAUAUCGCUGUUGAUAAAGGUUUCAGGAUUAACCAGUGACUGUGCAGUUUCCACUGUCUCUGAUAACCGAUAAUAACUCCAAACCGAUAAAGGAAGCGGUGUUAUCGGCCAAUACGUCCGUGGGAUUGGUGGAUCGUGGAACGGUAUCAACGAUGGCUGGAAUAUUGCUGAAAGCUACACUGUUUGUUGUCUUCGUCGCCUGCCUGCAGUUCGGCAUUAAAGUAGCGUUAAUGGUGGGUGUGCACAGGCACUCGUUCAAUCACACGCCAGGACCUUGCCGUGUUGUACCCGGAAUUGAUUUGGGGUCUGAGGAUAUCUCUGCAACAUCAUCCGGAAUCGCUUUCAUAUCUUCAGGGCUUAAGUUUUCUCCGGCGGAUUGGGCAAGGGAAUCCGAGAUUAAAAGCCGAAUCUUCACCUUUGACUUCAAUCAUCCGGAACGCAACGUCAGUGAGGUCAGCAUCAAAGGAGAAUCCUUUGACAAGGAGGGCGCCAAUUACCUCGGAUUGAGUAUCUGGGAAGACAAGAACACAGGUAAAGUAACACUGUUCGUCGUCAACCGGGCAAAGGGAGGGUCAUCAGUGGAGUUAUUUGAGUACACGCAGGGUACCAACACACUGGUACACAAGGAGACGGUUACCAGUGAAAGUAUAUACAGUCCCAACGAUGUCGUGGCAGUGAGUGCAAGGCGUUUCUAUAUCACAAAUGACUUCAGUAAAUUUAAAAGUUUCUUGGAAAUUCUGUCUCCAAUACCGACCGGAACAGUGGCUUACUAUGACGGGGAAAAGGCUAGGAUAGUGGCUACUGGCUUCGCAAUGGCUAACGGAAUCAACCAAUCACCGGACGGCAAGUACGUGUACGUGGCUGGGGCCUUUGACAAUGAAGUAAACAUUUUCGAGAAAAACAAGGACGGCUCGCUGACGUUGUUAAAGAAACUUAACAUGUUCACUACGGUCGAUAACAUCGAAGUUGACAGGGCUACUGGUGCCCUGUGGAUCGGUUGCCACCAUCAGCCGUACAAAAUGUUGAUGGGAGACGAAAAUGACCGCAACAAGGGCACUGCACAGGUUUUGAAAGUCGUCUUGGACAAGGACCUCAAUGCGGACGUGAGAGAAGUCUUAAUGGAUGAUGGGCAGUUACUAGCAAGAGGUUCAAGCGUGGCCAGCACCUACGGUCAGCAAAUGCUGGUUGGGACUGUUAAGAACAAGAUGUUAUACUGCCAGUUACUGGCAUACUGAGGAUGAACCUUACGGCAUGUAAAUGUCACAAAUGAUUUUUGUUGAUUUCGUGACGUUAUGAAAUAAAGUGUACACAAUAAGAGGACGCUAUUUAGUUUGGGUAAACUCUGUUGUAUUGAGCAAAAUUUGCCCAAUCAAAACAACGCUUCUAUUACGUCCGCCAUGAAACAUAACAGGCUACAGAUGCCUUGGCAUCGGGGUUUUUGCAUUUAAAUUCCUUCAAAAUCGAGUUAGCUGGAGAAUUAAAAAUAUUAGUGUAGAAGUAGUUUAAAUAGUGGGACUUAUAGCCACGUUUAUCUAUAUAUAGGUGCUUUAAGUAGUCGUUUUUAUAGCCAAAACGAAUUUGAAGAGAUUGAAGAAUUUGAAGAAAUACCAUUUCAAAGUCUAUUGAAUGACUGGUUACGGUCCACCUUAUUUCCGCAAACAUCCUGCAUGUUUCUUUAUGAUAAAUUAUUGUACAGCGCCAUCUUGCGGUAGGUUUAGCUUCGGGGAAGCUCAUUUAGGGGUUGCUGAUCUCCAUGGAAACAAUCUGGAAAGCUCGUUUGCCAUUCUGAGCUGCACAAACAAGUGAAGCUACGCGCUGGUUGCCCACCACUCCAUUCGAAUGUGGGAAGGGAACCAGUCUCAACCAUUCCCGUUCUUUAGAAAAGCUUAAAUAGAUCCGUCUUGAAGUAUACAUUAAAACAUUUUUUUCAACGGAAAAUUUAUAUAAAAUAAAUUUUUGUGUGAAGACAAAAAAAAAAUGCUAUGUCAAAUAUAAAAAGGUAAAACAUGUCAAUUGCAUAAGAUAUUGUUCUUUACAAAUCUAUUGUUCUUGGAGUGGUGAUGUGGUGGUCGGUGACUUCACAAUAACGGCCAAUUAAUCAGUGGUGGUAGGAACAUAGGUAGGAGUUCAAAGAGGAAUACGUUGCGUAAUACAGCUUACUCGUAUCUUUGUUCUGCUGGCAAUGCACACCUGAAACCAUUGUUCACGUGUAGUUUUAGUUAAUAUUUUUUCUCUGUGAUCAGAAACAAGGUUGUUUGAAUAAA